AUGUCAAAUUCAAAUGGUACUACCAAACCACAUGUGAUACUUAUACCAUACCCAGCACAGGGCCAUGUUGCUCCUCUCAUGAAAUUGGCAUAUAAUCUUGCUAGCCAUGGCAUCAAGGUCACCUUUGUCAACACAGAGUCCAUACACAUGAAAAUUACAUCUGCAAUGUCUCAAGAAAUCACGGACCAAUGUCCGAUAAAUUUAGUUGCGGUUCCUGACGGAUGGGAGUCUAAUCCCGGGGAGGAAGAAAAAUGGGAAUCGAUAGAGAAUGCACCGAAGUGUAUGCGAGCUCAUCUGCAAAAUCUGAUCGAAAAUAUUAAUCGGGCGAAUAAUGAUGCACAUGUAACGUAUGUAAUUGCUGAUAUAGUACAUGGUUGGGCUCUAGAAGUAGCCAAGAAAAUGUGCAUCAAGACUGGGGCAUUUGUACCUUAUGGACUAGGAAACUUGGCACUGAUGCUGCAUGCUCCUAAGCUUGAUGAGGCUGGAAUUAUAGAUUUUUAUGGUAAGCAUAAGUACUGGUCAUUAACUAAAAUAUCUCACUUAUUUUUUCUUUGUUGGUCAAUUUGCUCCAACACCAGAUCUUCACAGUUUUGAAACAGGCUCCAAUAUGCCAAUUGAAUUGCGCCCAAUUGGUGAUAUCACACUUAAAUUGACUUGAAUUAUAUCAAUUUUUCUCAUGUGGAAAAUGAUAUGGAUGUUCACGUAGGCAGAGAGUAACAACAUGUAAUGUUUCGUUAACACUGCUAGAUAAAAGUGAUCGGAUUCGAUGGACCGAUUUUGAAAUGGUAGGGACCUAAUUUAAAAUUAAAAAUUCAUAAUGCCUAUUUACUCUUCAGCCUAAACAUAUAAAUAUUCAGCCUGCCUGAGAGACAUGUGCGACAUGCGGUCUGCCCCACAGCGAAAUCUUAAGAGCCACAGUAAUUAGAA